AUGGCGGUGUCGGCGGCUCUGUCGGUGGCGGCGGCGGCCGCGGCCCUGUCCGGCGUGGCGGUGCGGCUCUCGCGCCUGGCGGCGACCCGCGGCUCCUACGGCGUCUUCUGCAAGGGGCUCACGCGCACGCUGCUCACCUUCUUCGACCUGGCCUGGCGGCUGCGCCUCAACUUCCCCUACUUCUACAUCGUGGCCUCCGUCAUGUUCAACGUGCGCCUGCAGGUGCGGAUCGAGUGA